GUUCAAGUUGGGUUGGUGCGCGCCCGCUGUGGUUAUGGGGGUGGGGGGAGAUCUGUGGCCUGGUAUUUCUGCUUACAUGAAAUGAAGAGCUGUCAAAGAAGUGAGGCCUAUGCGAUUAGUGUUAUAGACUGUUGGAGUUUAAACCGCAAAGAUGGCAGCAUCUGUUGGAGAAAGCCAGAUCCAAAGGAUAAUCAGAGACCUGAAGGAUGCAAUUUCGGAAUUAAAUCGAGAACACAAGGAAAACGGUGAGCCGAUCACUGAUGACAGCACCAACUUGCACAAAUGCUGCUUAAAAUUAGAAUACCUCCUUCAGUUUGACCAGAAGGAGAAAACUACUUUCCUCGGCACCAGGAAAGACUACUGGGAUUAUUUCUGUAAUUGUUUGGCCAAGGUGAAAGGAGCUAAUGAUGGAAUUCGCUUUGUGAAGUCUAUCCCAGAGCUGAAAACUUCCCUUGGGAAAGGUCGAGCAUUUAUUCGGUAUUCCUUGGUCCAUCAACGCCUGGCUGAUACAGUUCAACAAUGCUUGAUGAAUGUAAAAGUCACAAGUGACUGGUACUAUGCCCGAAGCCCGUUGCUGAUGUCUCAUCUCAGUUCUGACAUUACUGAUCACCUGUACGAGCUGAAUGAAGUGCAGUUUGACUUGGCUUCUAGAGGACACGAUUUGGAUGCUUCUUGGCCAACAUUUGCACGGAGGUCGUUCAGUUUAUCUCAUUCUCCAUCGCAUCUUUGGAAACCACCAAGUAGAUGCUCAAGUGUAAGCAGUUUGGUCAGCAACUAUUCACAAGCUCCAGACUGUUUAUUGGCUUCAGAAAUAAACAACCCGUUGAUCGCAGAGCAGCUGGAAACCCUUGAUGAGUUACGUGCUGAACUCGAUCAGUCUGAUAUAAAGCAGAGGGAGAUGCAAGAGAAGAUCCAGCAGAUUGAACUGGAGAAGGAGCGGUUACAGAGGACAAUAGCUUUGAAUGAGCAAACUGCAGAAGCUAGGAAGGAAUCAACUGCUCAUACCGUGGAAGUAAAUCAUAAGCUGAAUCAGAUGUUGGAAGAAUUAAAUCGGGAUUUUGCAGAUUCUGUUUUUGCUAACGCUAUGGUUAAGGAAUUUCAAAAAUCUUUGCAGAUAUUUGAAGACAGUUCCAGUGAAAAACAGAAGGAGCUUCAGGAGAAGAUUUUGGAGCUAGAAGACUGCACAGCAAAGUUUCAGUCAUUAACACAAGAACUGGAAAGGAUCAAGGCUUCUGAGGAGACAAAAGCUGGCAUUGUUAGUGAGCUUCGGACCAAGCUAAUUGCAGCGGAACAGAAGAAUGUAGAGCUGCUCGCACGGAUUGAUGCUAUUCUGACUGAAAAAGGGCAACUAACAGCAACCCACUAUGAUUCAGCACAGAAGAUCCAUGAGCUUCUUGACAAGCUGAAUGACGCUGAGUGGGAGGAAAUUGGGUUGCAGAGAUUAAACAAUAUACAGCAGUCUCAGCUGAACAAGUUAACAAAUGAUUUAGAAUCAAAACAGUCCCUAAUAAAUGAGCUUGAAUUAAAGCUAAAAGAAGCAGCUUCAAAGCUUGAGGAGAAGAAUGCUAUGCUUGCAAAGAAAGAUGAAGAGAUAGAAAGUACCCUGAAUAAAUUGAGAGAAAUUAAAAGUGUACAUGAAAUGGACCCUACAGAUCUUGAAUCAGGGCAGAAGUCAGUUCAGGAAUUGAGAAAAGAGCAAGAAGAAAUGCAAAUCAAAUAUGAAGAAUUAAAGGUCACUUUAGAGAAACAAGUAAACAAUCUUUCCAACCAUCUGCAAUCCAAAGAAUUGGAAUUAUCUGCUGCUCAUAACAAGGCACAGAAUCUUCUGGAGACUCAAAAUAAGCUUUUGGGUGAGAAAGAAGAUCUUACAAAAAAAUUGCAAGGUUUAGAGGAAAUACUAGCCAAGUUGAACACUAGGACAGAAGACCUUAAUGUUGAAUAUCAGAAAUUGCAAGUUGAGAGCAAGAAACACCAACAGAUUGUGCAGAAACAUGUUGAAAGAGAGGAAGAAUUGGAGAAGACGUGUUUAACUCUUGAAACUGAGAUAGAUAGAUUGAAUGCAUCAGAGAUGCAAUUGCAGGGCCAAAUAGCAGAUGCCAUGGUGACAGUGGACGAAAAAGAAACCAAGAUAAGGGAAGAAAACAGGCAGUUGAAUGAGAAACUGCAAAAUGCUCUCAGGCAGGUUAAAAGAGCAGAAACAAAGCUGGAAAAGAAUCAGAUGGAAUUUGAUGAUCUGAAAGUAGAAAAAAAUACUUUGAAUGACCGCUUACUAAACCUCCAAGUAUGUUGCCAGUCUAAGGAAGAACUGAUUUCAGACCUGCAGAAUAAAUUGGUCGAAUCAAAGCAGAAUGAAGAUGCACUUGUUUCCCUUCUAGAUAAGAAGGAAGGUGCUUUGCUUGAAAAGGCUAGCACAUUAAAGGAGUUAUCGGAAAAGAUUGAGGAAAGUCAGGUAGCGAUAGAGGCUUUGGAGAGAGAAAAGUUGACUUUUGAGAGUAACUUUAAGCAGCAAACGGUGCUUUCAGAAAGCCUAAUGGCUGAGAAAAAUGCAAUAGUUGAAGCUCAACUACAGGCAAGAGAGCUUCAGGAGAAAGAAGUGCAGGAAAUAAAUGCAAAGUUAGUUACUACUAAAAGUCAGCUUGAAAUUCAGCAGGCUGAAGUAAUGAGGUUACAGGCAGAGAGCGAAGAGUUCAAACUAAAGCUUAAACAUGCUCUUGAGGAAAAGGAAAAUAUAUGCAGUAAUCUAAACCUUGCAGUAUCCUCCAAGGAAGACUACAGAGCCUUGGUUCAAAAUCUAAAAGAACAGAUACAAUCAAUUAAUCAUGAUCAUGCUGAGAAACUCUUGCUGUUUAAAGAAAAAGAAGAUUCCCUUAAAAAAGAAAGGGAGAAAUCAGUGCAGCAGGUAAUUGAACUUGAGGAACAACUUGUGACUGCUAAAGAAGAAUUGUCCCAGCUGAAACAAUAUAUUGAAAAGAUAGAUGUUGAAAAUAUGGAGAGCAAAGAUCUACUCCACAGGACGAACACUGAACUUGCGGAACUUGGUAUGCAGAUUUGUACACUCAGUGCAGAGAAAGCCGACGCUGAGAAGAAAUGUAUUAUGGUUUCUCAACAACAAACAGCGUUUUGUGAGGAGGUCAAAGUAGAACAAAACCAACUAAAUCUUAAUGUUUCCAAACUCAAGAGUGAGAAUGAACAGCUGCUGGAGGAGUUAAGGAGGUCCAAUGAGUCAGAAGCAACUAUCAUAGAAUUGCAGAGAAAGCUAGCACAAGCACAACAGCAAGCAAAGAACUGCCAGGAAGCUGCGAGAGAAGAGUUGUCAGCAGUCAAAUUUCAGAUGAGUGGAGAGAUGAUGGAUUAUCAGAAUAAAUUAAAGACCAUUAUUGAAGAAUUGGAGGCUGUGAAAAAGGAUCUUACUGAGCGACAAAGCCAAAUAACCUCAAUGGAUAAACAACUCCUCGAAGUUCAGGAUCGCAAUCGCAAAUUAAUGGAAGAAGUGGAACGAAAAGCACAGACAAUUGUGGAUUCACAGUUAUUGAGAAAUGAAAAGGAGGAGAAGCUAAAGUCCCUUUCAGAAAACUUGAUCAGUACUCAGCAGGAAUUGGAAGAUGUAAAAAAGGAGCUUGAAGAUUAUAAACAACACCUCGAGAAGACCCAAGAAGAGACUGAGAGAAAUGAACAAAAACUUGUGGCUGAAUUAGCUGACAUGAACAGAACUAAAGAGUUUUUGGAAGAGCGCUUAAUCGAACUUAUUAAAGAUAAGGAUGCCCUGUGGCAAAAAACUGAUGCAUUGGAAUUUGAACAAAAACUCCGUGCAGAAACUCGAUGGCUUGGGGACAAGGAGGUUAACCACUGCCUGGAUUGCCAGAGUCAGUUUACAUGGUGGUUACGUCGGCAUCACUGCAGGCUCUGUGGGCGUAUCUUCUGCUACUACUGCAGCAAUAAUUUUGUAAUGACAAAACACAGUGGUAAAAGAGAGCGAUGCUGCAGAGCCUGCUACACAGAACAUAGCGCUGUGGUUCAAAGACUGAAUGAUCCUGGUUCUUCCAGUACUCCAAACAGCCCUGAUGAAUCACCCUCACACUCCGCUUCUGAAGGACCAACUAGCAGAAACACAGAAAGUUUCACCAAACCAGACGAUGCAACUUUUGACAUCAUUACAGAUGAAGAGUUGAAUGACAUUGAUGAUAACGAUUGUUCUUCAGAAUUAGGAAACCAGCUUCUCGUUCAUUCCCUGUGCAGUCCUGGAUUAGCCCUUGGAGUGGAGAGUGCCUGCUCUGCCGUAGACCCUACAGGCCUGGAAGAUUUGAUGGAUGACCCUAGGUGUUUGUAGCUGGAGGGUGCAGACGUGCUGACAGUGUCCUGCCUAGCUGCUACAUCACCUUCCUUGGCAGCGACUUUUAAUAGGAUUGGG